CUAUCAUCUUUUAUGUGGCAGUGUUAUGGAUUAUGCUAAUGAACAACAAACUAAUUUAGUUUAUCAAUCUUUUCCUGCAAAUAAUAAUGGAAUAAAUCCAACAGAAACAUCAGUAAUGCAAAGUAAUGAUUUAAAUAAUAAAGAGUCAGUAAUAUAUACUGAUCUAACAGUAAAUCAUAAUCGAUUCAGUACAGAAGCUGGACAUUACCCAUCUCAUGAAAAUUAUGGAAAUAAUGCACAAUAUCACAGUCCAUUUGAUGAGGUGUUGAUGUCAUUGGCAAAAAUAGAAACACGAUUGACAAAUAUCGAAAAACUCUUAAGAAAUUCGAACGACACGUAUGAGGAUGAUUUCAAUUUUCCGCCGGGUUUUCCUUUGAAAACUUUAGAAGAAUUCGACAGCUUUGAAAACGAAAUCAAUGAAGAUAGACGACAGAAGAUGGUCGAUCAACCCUAUAAAGUUGUUAUCGUCCGUCAUUCGGAAGUCGACCGCGAGGAAUUCACAGCAAACGAGUUAUCGAAGAAGAAGAAUAAUAAGAAAAGAGACAAACGGCGGUUUCGCGAGGACUGUUGUCCGCGCGAAGUUCGCGUAUGA